UGGGAAUUCGCGUCGACCCUCCUUAUAGAUCUUGGUCUCCUUUCGCAAGAGCGGCGCCCCCCAGUGUUCGCAGAGCGGCAGCAUCAAGAAGCAGAUACUGUCUGAUAUUUCACCUUUUUCCUGGUUGGUUGGUUGCUGGGCUAUACAUACUUAUCCACACUCCUGUUUUAUCAUCACCUGGGUUUCCAAGGCUGGUGAGAGGAAGCUUCAAGGAGUAUUAUAUCUAGUGAAUAAAAAACACCUUGCAGAGCAGCAUUGGACAGAGAUCUUAUGAAGAAAGCAAGCGCCUGAAGAUCCGUGAAAUCUUUCUAACUUGUCUAGCACUUGGGAUUGUGCUUCCUAUCCACCCUCUGAAGAUGUCUCUGCAAAACCUCACACAGCCCACCUAUAUCCAACCACCCAAUAACUCAAGUGGUGGCUUACAAGGCUUGUUCAAUAUGGCGCAUGGUUUCUUGGGGAUCGUGCAACCCAACAGUUUCCCAAAAGAUCUCCUGAUUCACCUGAUCAAGCGUCAAGAUUUCCUUCAAGAUCAGGCAGUGUAUAAAGAGAUGCUCAAGUAUGAGACGGGCUUCCUGGUUUGUACCGCCAUUGGCCUUCUAUUCAUUGUCCUUGUGCCCCUCUUGGGCUUGUAUUUCUGCUGCUGCCGCUGCUGUGGACAUUGUGGGGGUUUUUUGUACCAGAAACAGAACAAGCACACUGCCUGCAAGAGGCGGACUCUUUUUUGGUCUCUGCUGGGUAUCACUGCUGUUCUUCUGGCUGGAGACAUAUGUGCGUAUGUCUGCAACCAACGUAUAUCCCAGGGUGUAGAGAGAAGUUUUGGCAUUUUUAACAAUACAGUGAACAACCUGAACAUUUAUCUGAAUUCUGUACCUCAGGAGAUUAGUGACAUCAUCAGCUCCAGUGUAGUGCCACUGAAUCAAGUCAAUAGCAGCCUGUUGAAUAUUAAUACUAUCUUGGGGAGCAAGAUCAAGGAGAAGCUAGGUGGACCAGCAGACAAAGCACUAGGUACUGCUGAGCAGCUUCUCCAAGACAUUCACAGUAUAGAAGAGAAACUCCAAAAGUUCAACCAGACUGGUGUUCGCUUGCAGGAAUUGCAAAUGGAGCUGGACCAAAACCUGACCCACCUGAGAACCGAGAUCAAUGACACUCUGAAUAGCUGUGGCAGCCUAUGUGGGAAAGUGUCCAUAGAGAACCUGGAGCCUGGGGCCAAGUUUGAUACGAUUCCUGAUGUCCAGCAUCCACUUAGUCUGAUAUCUGAUCUGACAAGGUCAGAUCCCAACAGCACUAUAAUAAAGGCAAGAAAUGCCCUGGAGAAAAUACCACAGAAAGUCUCUAAUCAAACCAAAAAGGAGGUGUCUGAGAUGCAGGAUCAGCUCUACCAUAUCAAGAUGGAAAUUAAUGCAAUCAGUGGUAACUUUUACAUGCUGAACUCACUGAAGAAUAUCUCUGGGCUCAUGGAUGAUGCUGUAAAGAUGGCAAAUGACUAUAAGCCAGUUGUGGUCAAUUAUGAUGGUUACAGGUGGGGCAUUGGCUUCUGCCUUUGCUGCCUGGUGUUUGUAAUAAUUGUAUUCAAUGUGUUGGGCCUUUUGCUUGGUGGCCUUGGGCUAGAUCCACAUGGGAUGCCUACCAAACGGGGAUGCCUCUCCAACACUGGUGGAAACUUCUUUAUGGCGGGUGUUGGAUUCAGCUUUAUAUUUUCAUGGUUGCUGAUGCUGCUGAUUCUACUGCUAUUUUUAGUUGGGGGCAAUUCAUACACAUUGGUCUGCCGGCCUUGGGGCAAUGGAAUUCUCCUCCAGUUUCUGGACACACCUGGAUUGUUUCCUCAAUUAAAUGUGAAAAAGCUUAUGCAACUGAAGGGUUCUGAUGUAAAUUUGACCAGCAUAUACAAGAACUGUGAACAAAAUGCACCCUUGUGGAGUACCUUUCACCUAGAUGAGAUCAUCUCCCUGAAUGACACCUUCAACAUCAGCAAGUAUACCCGAGACAUUGAUUCAACCUUGAAUAAAAUAAAUGUCAGUAUUGGGUCUAUUGAUCUUCUGGAUGAUGAGCAGAAACGCAGCUUGCAGAAACUGAGUUCAAAAGAUGGGCCUCUGAAUGUGGAUUUUAACAGUACUCUUGAACACCUUAACCAGAAUCUGACCAAAGAAGACCUGAAUGCCUUGGCUAAUAAGUUGGAAGAUUUGGCAAAAGAACGAGGUAGUGAUGCCAUAAGUAGUAAACUGCAACGUCAGGCUGAUGAGCUGAAGAUGAUCCAGAGAUGGAUAAACCUCAAAUUUCCUCCAGAAUUUCAAGUCCUGAAGAGAAGCAUCCAGACCCUGCAGAACUCCACACCUCGAAUUUCAAAACAGAUAAACUCCACGCUGUUGGAAAUAAAUGAGACCAAUUCAUUUAUAAAGCAUCAGACACAGGAAGUUAUAAAAAAUGAGACCAAGGCUUUUGUAUGGCGCGUGUUGAAUUACUUUGCCUCUUAUAUGAACUGGGCUCAGGAUGCUGUCAAAGGACAAGUGGGUCGCUGUGGUCCUGCAGCCUGGGCACUGGAUAGCAUGAAUACUGUUGUCUGCAAUUACAUCGUUGAUUCUUUGAAUGCCUUCUGGUUUAGUCUGGCCUGGUGCACUGUCUUUCUGUUGCCAAGUAUCAUCUUGGCUGUGAGGCUUGCUAAGUUUUAUCGUCGAAUGAAGAUCGAUGACAUAUAUGAGGAUGAGAUUAUGGAAAACUUUGAACUAUCAAGGCAAAGCAUGUUCAAAAUGCCCCGGGCUGAACUGAGGAAAUAACACCUCCUUUUUCAACAUUCCAUCUCUUAGCAGCUAUGAAGAUGACAAACAAUGGUCUAGAGAAUUUUUGGAUUUCUUUUGACAGUGUGGAGUAUGUAAAAUUUGCCACAAUUUUUCCCUGAAAAAGUUUGUAAUAUGGCAGCAACUUUUUCCCUACAGGAGAGACUAUUGUGCCAUAAGUCCUGUGACAUGGAAGUUUACUUUGACUGUGUGCUCAGGGUAUUGAGAGGUUAGGCUUGCAGUCUUUAUGCUGUCAUUUCUACAGGAAAGACUCCUGAUAACUCAGGCGGUUUCAAAGUCCUUAGAUUUCAGUGCCUGAUAUCACUGCGUGCUACUGAAUUACCUUACAGACCCCAAUAAGCAGUUGAAAUUGUGCUAGAGGGAGGGAGAGAGAGAGAGAAGGGCAUUGUGUGAAGAAGUUUCUUCUGCUUCAAGUCAAUCUGUUUGUGUGGCACAGUUAAGAUGAUGGACACUGGCCUAGAAUGAAUUUAUAAUCAUGAGAACAAGAAACGUGACAGGCAACAUAGCAAAACUUCUUUAAUUCUUUGAACCUCAGCAGUCCUCUGCUGUGUUCAAAUCUAGAAAUCUUUGCUUAAUUAAGUUGAAUUACAAAUGGUGCCUUGCUGGAUCAAAUCAAAAUCCAUACCUACUCCAAAAAUUGACACUCCGGAAGAGAAAAAUAUGAGCCAUAAUGAAAUGCUACUGAGAAGUUCUACUAAUCUGUGUGUCAGGAAGAAUGAAUUGCCUUAAAUUUUUAGAGCAUUUUCCAGAUUUUGUGUCUGGUUGCUUCAUUAUACCACUGCAAUCUACAGUCAUGUAUGGUUCUCUUUCCCCCUUCCUCACAUCCUCCAAUACUUGAUUUGCGUAUUUUGGGCAUUUUAUACCCUUCUCCUCUAAUAUUGUUGAACCAUGAAAAGGUGUUUUGCCAGAAGUGUGGUUCCUUCAUGCGGUAGGGAAAAUGUUAAUAGAAUUAGGUAUUGCUUAUUAAAGAAUUAGUAGAAAAGGAUGCAUUUAGAUUAAUACAAAAUGAAGAUGACUCCAAUAAUAGGGAUGAUAUAACCAUUUGGAAGAGGAAUAAUACAAGGCUUCUAUUCCUUUUAGAUUAGCCUUAUCUGACCUGGGGCACUCCAGAAGUGAGGAAUUAUAACUGACAUAAUUCUCAGUCAGUAUAACCACAACAUUGGAAAUUUGCAGUUUGGGGAAGGACUGGACUAGUAGCAGAACAUAUUGUUUUUUUUAUUGAGUUACAGACUCAUUAAUCCAGAGUAUAGCGUAUGAACUAAUUGUGCAACAUGCUGGUCUGAAUGUAACAUUACAAAUAUUUUGAAGUAUUGACUGUCAAGAGGGUAGGUAGACCAUGUGUUACUUAAACUUUUUGUUGUCCCAUCUGCGUAUAAAACUUUCAAAGAAUCUCAUUUGUAUUUAUAAUAAAAUUUCAAUCAGAUUCUGCACAGUAGCAGAAACUUUUUUAUGCACUUACCAUUACUGUACAAGUGACAGUAACAAAUGAAAUCCUAUUGAUCAAGGAAAUAUGAAAACAUUACAUAAAACAACACUUUCUUGGCUCCUGAGGGGGAGGCCUCACAUUCCCAAAUUUACAGAGCAACAAACAUGCAAAUAAUUAGUAACACACUGUCACUUUCACUUACUCCUAGGACAUUAACAGUGGCCUUUUUCUAAAAUUAUCCACAACUCCAUCUCUCUCUCCCCUAAAGAGUUUAAGAAAAAGCUUUUAUGAAAACCUACAACAAAUGGGAAGCAAUUUGACAUUAUUGUUGUCAUGCUAUGAAUCACUUAGCACAGGCCUGUAGUUUUCCCUAGCAGCUCCACUUUAUCAAACUUAAUGGAAAUAAGACAGAAUGCAUAAAGAUAUUUUCAAUUGCCUGGAUUUUGUAAUUUCUAAUUAAAAAUUUACUUGAUUAUAUGAAGAAAUGAAAAGGAAUAAAUAAUCUAGAGUGAAAAUAAUUAUACCACUCUUCUCCCUCUCCCCAAUUGCUUUACC